AAAAAAAUAAAUUAUGCCGAAACGAACGAAAUCUACGAGUGAUGAACAAGAAAAAAUAAACGUUCGCGAGAGAUUAACUGAUAAUGUACUUGAUUUAAGUUUGAUGAACAUAGCGACAAUUCCAGUGAAUGACAUUAAAAUAUUGAAACGUGCUACUAUAUUAGAUUUAUCCAACAAUGCUAUAACGGUUAUCAAUAAAAAUUUCACAUCGCUUGUUCAAUUGACUAAAUUGGACCUGAGCAAUAAUAGGAUCCAGUUGAUAACGGAUGAUUUCGGAAAUCUAGUUAAUCUACGACACUUGAAUCUAUAUAGCAAUAAAAUCGAACGUCUUCCGCUAAGCUUCGGUCGCUUGAAGAAGCUGAAGUACCUUGACCUUAAAAAUAACCCUCUGAAUCCGGCAUUUUCCAAAAUCAUCGGGACAUGUAUAGAUCAGAAAGGAUGCAUUGACGCAGCCCGUAAAGCAAUUGCAUUCAUGGCUGACAUUGAGCGACAGGUUCUUGAGGAACGACGAAAGGAACGAGAACAAAAGGAAAAGGAAAGUCGCCAAAUUAAGGAACUGUCUGCUAAGGAAACGCAUUUACAGGAAAAAGAAAAUGUGGAUACAAAAAAGAAAAAGAGAACCAAACGAUCUAGAGGUAGCUCUAUCAGCAAGGAAAAUAAAGCGCACGAUGAAUCCGUUUUAAAUUCGACAAACAGUCACACAAAUGAACCCAAUUUGAUUACGCAUGAAACGGACAGUAAUACGCGGUUCAUUGCCAAGAAAUUUAUUUUAAUAAUAGUAGCGCUUAUUCUACUCGCGUAUGUGAUUUUUUUAAAAGCUGAAGUUUUUAUUGAUUUUUUAAAUCAGCCUGACAUACAAUUAAGAGAAGAGUAUAUUAAAUAAUUUUUGUGAAGAACCGCCAAAAGUGUACAAUAUAUUCAAAUCAAAUAAAAUUUUCGACCCACUGAGGUUUUGUGCCUAUCA